CAGAGGUUCAACUCUUCAAUUUUUUUUCUUUUACAGAUUCAGUGUAUCGUGAGUUGUCCUGAUAUUUCGGAUCCUCUUCCCGGCGCCCAUGACAACUACAACAUUCUUUGGCUCCUUUGCGGAAGUGGAGAUAAUGCUGGUCACGUGACUGUAGUCAAAGUUUCCCUUGCCUCCCCGCCACAGGUGGUAGAGUCGUUUCACGUGUGCGAGUCCAACAUCUUGUGUGGUGCGUAUAUGGAAAGGACCUGCGGUGAGGAGAAGAAAUUCAAAGGAAGAAUCAGCGGUCGGUUUGGUUUUCCUUUUCCCACGGUCUGGUUGGGAACGCAGGGAGGAAGAAUUUUCAUCUAUAAUGCUGUGGACGCCACGCGGCGUUACGUCAUGUCAGUAAAACUUCCAGACGCAGUCUUGCACAUCAACAUGGUAGACAUGAAGAUCUUUGCAGCUGUGGCUGAUGGUAGCGUUGUUAUUUUCAAACGUAAUAGAGCGGGCACGUGGAACUUCAGUGAACCAAAGGCCGUCGGUCUUGGUAAAGUUCCCGUCAUGGCGAUGACGGUUGUAAAAGAAAAGCUUUGGUGUUCCUGUGGCAACAAGCUGUUCAUUUUAGAUUGCAAUGAAGAGAUUAUCAAGCACGUGAUCGAAGUCGAUGAAAAUCCUAAGACGAGUAUCAAGCAUCUUGUUGGUUAUGGUGUGGGUGUCUGGGUGUCUGUCUGGAAGCAGCCGUCAAUCAAGCUGUUCCAUAGUGAGACACUGAAGCACGUUCAGGAUUUCAGCAUCGCCUCUCCCGUCACCAACAUGCAGAGGGAUAUCGACUCUCAGCUGGAAAAGACAAAACUAGACCAAGUGUAUGCUACAGCCCUUGCUGCCGAUGAGGGUUUACUGUGGGUCGGGACAAGUGUUGGCGUCACUCUUGUGUUUCCUUUGCCGCGGCUAGAGGGAAUACCGCUCGUGUCUGGUAAAGCUUGUGUUGCCUUUCACUCGUACGGUAGCAGUGUGCGAUGUUUUUACCCGCUGAAGAACAACCCAAACCUCGGAACGGGACAGAAUCUCGAUGCAAACAAACUUGACUCGACUUUGUUUCGUGAGAAUGAAGUCAGAGAUGCCUGUGUUCAAACGGACGCAGGAAUCUCCGGGGUUUGGUCCUACGCGUCACGCGGUCCGGCCUCAGCCAAUCAAAGUGAAGCGUCUCCUAAAAAGGAAAGUGGCAGAGCCAAGGGUCAAACUACGGAACGAGAAGAUGAAGAUGAGGAAGACCUUUCUGACGAAGAUGUCCGUAGCGAUGACGAGUUUAAUUUUGUGGAAGAUAAACAACAAACUCUGAGUGGUGUACGGAUUAGAUCAAGUGUUGGGACUGCAUCUUCAUUCGGUUCAUUCAAAAUCAAAUUCGAAGGGACUGAGGGGGCUUCUAACAGCCUCGCCAGGAGCUCGGUACAAUCCGAUGAUGUUGUUGGCAAAACAGAAUUCCGAGUGGACGACUUCGCCCGAAUGUUGUCCGAUUUCAAAGGCUUUGGAAGUAAACCGGCGACAACUGUUCCGGAACCGCCCAAAAUUCCACUCGAUCUUCUUAGCGGAAAGGCUGAUUGCGAAGGUGGAACACUAUCUGAAGGCCAAGAAAGUGCGAAAGCGCCUGCAAGUGCUGAUGAAACAGUCGGAAGUGGUUCUGAGCUCGGGCAAACAGAAAGCGGAAGUGGUAGCGAAAAUGCACAUUCUAGGGAAAAGGGUAUUUCUUUUGGUGAACACGUCAAACUGAACGGUGCUCACGCGACUGCGGAAGCUCAAGAUGGUAACUUUGAAACCCAAAACGAGUCUGCGGGAGAAUCUUCUGAAUCUAAAAGCGAUGAACCCACCGAUCUUUCACCGGAAGUUGAAACAAAGGCAGGAAACAAUAGUGAUACCGGAAACCUCGAGGUGGGUUCCUUGGCAGCUCCGACCUACUUGGAAGUUCUUAAAGAUUCAGAUUCGAGGGCUGUAAAGUCAUCUGAAGCAGCUAAGACACCGGAAGUGAUUUACGACAGUCCUCGGCAAGACGAUAGCUACAAUGUUUUCGAUAGAAGUCAGUUGCAAUAUUACACGACCGGAAGUACGGCUAAAGUGGAGAACUUGAAACCCAGACUGCCGUUCCCUGUUCUAUUUGUAAGCGCCGGGGAAGGUUAUGCGGACUUGCGGCGAAAGCGACGGGAUGAAAACGACAAAGAGCCGAGAGUCAUGAUUUGGCAAAUAACCUAAGAGAGAAUCUUUUAGAAACUCCAGUUAUCGGGAAGUCUUCGUUGCACUUCGGAUUGUUCUCGGCAAGAGCGCGAAUACAAAGCAAAAUCGAUUUAAAAGGUAAAGUACAAUUAAAGAAUUUGAAGCAGAUAUUUCAAGUCAGACAAGUUUAUGAUUUGUUUGUCGCGAACAUCAUCUUUUAUACUACUUACUUUUCACUUGAAAUACUAGUACAAAUCCAUGUAAAAUGUUAUUUUAUGAAUAUAAAAACAGGGAUGAAUAGUAUAGAUUUCUUGUUGAUAGCACAUUAUUUUUUAUAUCGUUAUAAAAGUUAAUAUAAAUUAGGUUGUGUUUGUUUUUGUUUUUGUUUUUACGGCUUCUUUUUAUUAAGUAUCGUGGUAGUUUCGUCGGACGUAAGACUGUUUGCAGACGAAGAAUCGAAAAAAUUAAAACAAAAAAAUGAUGGCAGUAAAGCCAUUUACAACCAAAUGAAGCUUCACAAGAAACCAAUGAGGCAAUACUCGAUCCUACUGAAACUGGGACAUGUCUGGCCUGUAUAGGUCACCCGGUUUGUGUGCAAUAUUACCCAUCAAACAGUCUUGCUAUAUAAAAACCUGUCGAGGAAAAAAGGCUAUGAAAGUUGUCAGUAAUCUGCUAACAUUUCAAUCUAUCUUAUAUUUCCUUACUGUAAAGCGUUGAUUGGGUGUUUGGGGUGUGGAGGGUGGGGAAUUGUAAUAACUGUGAACAGACAAAUUAAAGGCUUCGGAAUAUGUCUUUAAAUACUGAUUUAGUUGUGAAUUGAUAACAUAUAUAUGCUACUAUUUAUUUAGAGAUGAAUAGUAAAUUCUUUUGGCAGAUGAUUGUUCUACAAUGAGGUCUCCAAGUCUCAUUUUUAUUUCACUUCAAGUUCAAUGUUCUAUUUUACAUCCCAAAGCAUAGAAAUUACCGAGAUCAGCCUGAAUAAAGUUGCCUCAUGACUGCUCCUUUUA